CAAAGGCAGCAGAGGCAUACCAAGAUAUGCAGCGCGAGAAUGCGAUGAAUUUUAUAUUGGAUGUGCUGAAUGACCCGACGAACCACCAGAAGCACGCACAGCGGUAUGCAGCAUCAGUUGUUCUUAGGGUGACUUAUGGGAAGUCUGCGCCCACUGCCAGCGCCGAUCCCGAACUUGUCCGUGUCCGCAGAGUCGUUGAACAUUUCCAGGUUACAGUUCGCCCAGGAGCUUAUCUCGUCGAUCGUGUGCCCCUUUUGCGCUACUUGCCUGGUUACGGAAAACAACUCUAUGAGUGGCAUCAUGAGGAGCUCGAGUUAUUUAGGCAGCAGCUAAGGCGCGUCGAGAGUGAAGUGGAUCAAAACAAAGCCGGCCCCUCUUUAACCAAGGCACUAUUGGAAAACACCCAAAAGCACCAACUCUCUACAGAUGAGAUGUCUUAUCUCGCCGGAUCACUCUUUGGGGCGGGAUCUGAUACGACCGCCAUUGGAAUUACCGCUACUGUUAUGGCUGCGGCGUGCCACCCACUGGCUCAGGCAAAGGUACAUGAAGAGCUCGAUAUGGUCAUCGGGUCAGACAGAAUGCCGACAUUUAAUGAUUCAAGCUCGCUCCCCCAAUUGCACGCGUUCUUGUUGGAAGCUUUGAGAUGGAGACCUAUCGUUCGCAUAGGAUUUCCCCACCGUGCAACCAAGGAUAUUUUUUGGCAAGGAUACUGCAUUCCCAAGGGUGCAACAGUCUACGGCUGCCAUUGGACUCUUUCUCGCGAUCCUAUCGUCUUCCCAGAUCCUGAAAUAUUCGAUCCCCAGCGCUGGCUUGAUUCAGAAGGCCGCCUUAAGGACAAUAAUAUGAAGUUCAUCACGUAUGGCUUUGGUAGACGUGUAUGUCCUGGCCUACACCUCGCAAACCACUCGUUGUACAUUUCCCUUGCACUUCUCUUGUGGUCUUUCCGCAUUGUUCAACGACCCGACGCACCGAUUAACACGCACGCUUUCAGUGACGUGGUCACUCCCCAUGCAGCGCCAUUUAAAAUCGAUGUCAUUCCCCGGGUCAAGGUUGCGAAGCUGAGAGCGAUGAUGACGGAUGGGUGUACGGAUUAGAGUGUUUU